CCUAUGGGCUGGAUUUGGGAUAGUUGUGUACCGGAUUGGCCCGUUUGAGUACCGGCGGUGACCAGAUUGAACCACAUAUGAUGCGGCGUCGUUUGUUAUUGAGUGCUGUUCAAAGUGUUUCUUCUUCGUCCGGCAAAAGAAUUUUAGAUACUCCCAGUCCCAUAGUGUCAAACUCGACGGACAAAAAGCUGCACGGAAAGCACGUUGGAGAAAGCAGCCAUGGAUUUCACUCCUCUCAGCAACGCCUUGACCGCCAAGUCUUACGAUAAGGUUGCUGAUAUCUGCGAUGAACUCAUGCUCAAGGCUGCAGCUGAGGGGGUUCCGUUUCAAGACGAGUGGCCCUACGCGAUUCAUCUUCUCGGUCAUAUUUACGUUAAUGACGUUAACAGUGCACGGUUUCUGUGGAAAUCAAUCCCUUCGACGAUCAAGGAGGGACAGCAAGAAGUUGCUGCUGCUUGGAACAUUGGUCAGAAAUUGUGGACGCAUGAUUAUUCUGGUGUGCACGAGGCUGUUCGUCAUUUUGAUUGGAGCGAACAGACUCGCCCUCUUGUUGCUGCAUUUACAGAGGUUUAUAGCCAAAGGAUCUUCCGGUUGCUGUUGUCUGCUUAUUCAACUGUAAGCAUCCAAGACACAGCUCUCUUUUUGGGGAUGAAUGAGGAUGAUGCUACAAAGUAUGUGGUGGGUCAAGGGUGGAUUCUUGAUUCUGCUUCUCAGAUGCUAACGGUGAAGAAGCAGGCUGUUGCCGUGGAGCGGAAACUGGACUCAGAUAAGCUGCAGCGCUUGACAGAAUAUGUCUUCUACUUGGAGCACUGACGUGUGACCUCCAGAUAACCUGUGAAAUCUUGCCUUUCAAGCAUCUGAGCAAGACGAGUACAUACAAUCGAAUUCUAUCGGGAACUAGGAUGUGCAACGUAGAGGAUUUUUUGUCAAAUUUUGUGGCUAUGUAUUAUUCUGAAUGAAUUUGAUGUUUUGCUCACAACAUUCAGACAGAAAUCAGUUACAUUUGAUUAUCCAAAGUUAUCAUUAAAUCAGCAAGCAUGGUUUUACUUUGCGCGUCUCUGCUUGCUUAUGAAGGCGUAGCGAGUAGCGACCUAUCGAUUUGAUCCGCUUAUCUCGACUUUUUUUUGGCUAGUAUACGAUUUGUGAGCAGCAUCAUGGGAGGUUCAGGUUCUUUGUUUCACUCCGCUUGAUAUUUGUCAAGAACCAGUUGCUCCCAAUAACUCGAGUUAUUGGGAGCAUAAGGCUCUGAUAAGGCUCUCGGUCACAUAAGGCUCUGAUACCAUGUCAUGAACCAGUUGCUCCCAAUAACUCGAGUUGUUGGGAGAUGUUCAAUCGUGGAUCAUAUACCACAACACUAACAGUAUUGUCCUAGCAUAGGGUGGUUAUGGAGUGUUUUUAUACUUGCUACACCCUCAUUUUUGUUCCUAAUUAAUACAUAUGAAUGGAAUAGAAGACCCAAAAUUGU